AUGGCCAACUACAUCGUUCGACACCACGACGAUGAGCACCGUCAGGGGGCCGACUACAUCGAGAUGAACGAGAUCACUUUCCUCUAUUCAAUUCAGAACGACCAAGGCCCCGGCAACGAAAGCUACGAGAACCAAUCAGCCGAUAACGAUAUCGCCCGAAACGAACCAGUCGACUACGACGAAAGCAUGGAGAACGCGAACGUCUUCAUCGGUUACGACGAGGCCCCUGGUGCUUUACGGCGUAUGGCUACAUAUGCUUGCAUGGGGUCUACCGGCCAGGCGUCGACGUAUGAUCAUGACGGGUGCCUGCCCGGCGAGGACAUGCCUCCCACACACACGAAGACACCAUAUGGCCUGACCCAGAAGGUCGGCUUUGCAAUCCACAGCGCCGAGGAAAUGUUGGUAGAUCUUGUUGCUCGUCUCCCUCUCUGGAGGGCCUCGAUAUCGGCCAGGAGUUCAUCAGCGACGUAA